AUGUUACCAGUCUUCGCCCUUGAGUACUCCGGUCUCGAUCCGAAAAUCCUCAAGUCACUUACAUCAGGUGGCGGACUUCCUGCUGGCACCGACCCUCUGAAGUACCUCUCGAUGCUACCGAAUGCACCGCCGAUCUUCGAGAUAUACCUCCUGGCGUCGCUUCCUGUCUUGGUUAUCGGAUUAUCCAACCUGGUACUGGUGCCAAUGGCUAUUUCUGUUGGUCGUCGACCAGUUGUCCUUUCUACCGGUGUACUUGCUAUCGUCGGAUGCGUUUGGGCCGGAAGCAGCCGGUCACUACCAUCGCAUUUGUUAGCUCGUUGCGUGCAGGCCGUUGGAGCUGGUACUGUCGAGAGUCUAGUCCCGUUUAUCCUUCAGGAUAUGGUGUUCGUCCAUCAGCGGAACUCCUGGAUCUCUGGCGUAUUUGCAGCCCAAGGCCUUAUCAUCAUCAUCCUCGGUGUGGCAGCUCCCCAUAUAAUUAUCGAUUUAAGUUGGCGGUAUAUGUAUUAUAUCACGGCUGCUGGUGCGGCGUUCUUUCUUAUUGGCGUUUACUUCUUUAUGCCUGAGACCAGAUGGGACCGUACCCGUGCUGAAAUGAAUGGCAUUCCUCGUAAUGAGACUGGCCAUAAGCACGCCCCAAGGACUUUCCGAUACGAUAUCGCUCUAUUCCAUGGCAAGAUGCAAUGGCGAAAGGGCUGGAAUGCCUUUGUCGACACGCUUCGUACGUUCUUCUAUCCGCAGAUAUUCUUCAUUACUAUGCUUAAUAGCGUAAUGAUCGCCUGCGCAUUUGCUGCUGGGUACACUGUUGCUCCUGCUCUUUUAACAGCACCGUGGUCAUGGGACUUCAUGUUACUUGGCCUCUGCUUGAUGCCAAUACUUGUUGCUGCCAUCGCCGUUGCCCUAGUCACUGGAAAGGCUGCUGACUGGAUGGCUAAUCGUAUCGCCAAGAAGCGGGGAGCCCGCCUCCCAGAGAACCAGCUUGUCAACCUUAUCAUCCCAACUCUCUGCGGUAUCGUUGGUUCCGUUAUCUUUGGCUUAGCGGGUUCCGAUCAGAAAGACUACUCCUACUUUACGUUUCUUACCGGCCUCGGACUGAUGGCUUUCGGCUUUUUAGGUGCUAAUACUAUAGGCGCCGUCUAUGUCCUAGAGUGCUACCCUCAUCUCGCCGGUCCAGCUUUGGUGAAUGUCGCAUCAUUUCGAUGCUUGCUCGCCUUUGUGUUGUCCUUCAAGAUCUCAGACUGGGUCGUGGAGAUGGGAUAUUUCCGUUCAAUGAUGAUUUACACGGGAUUGAUUUCUGCUUUCGCUCUUUUCAUUCCAGUGGUCUACGUUUUUGGUCCUGCGUGGAGAAAGAGAUGGCCAGCUGAACACUUCGGCGACCAUAUGUAG